UAGUUUGUGGCUUCGUUUUCUAGGGUGAGGUGCGAGUAUAUUUUUAUGGAUUAUUUUGAUAUCGUUAUCAAAAGAAUAUGCUGAAAUAAUAUUGAAAUUGAAAAGUGCUCAAAUAUGUGUCGUAAAAGUGAUUUAACAUUACAUAGUUUGUUUGAAGUGUAGUGAUCAACAUGUUUCGAUGUAUACCUUUGUUCAAAUGUAAUCGCCAAGUGGAAUGUGUAGACAAGCGGCACUGCUCGUUGCCAACAGUACCCGAAGAUAUUUUGCGGUAUUCCAGGAGUUUAGAGGAACUUUUUUUGGAUGCGAACCACAUAAGGGAUUUACCGAAGAAUUUCUUCAGACUCCAUCGGCUUAGAAGAUUAGGGCUUAGUGACAAUGAAAUACAUAAACUCCCGCCAGACAUACAGAACUUUGAGAACUUAGUGGAACUAGAUGUCUCCAGAAAUGAUAUUCCCGACAUUCCCGAGGACAUCAAGAAGCUGCGGGCGCUGCAGAUCGCGGACUUCAGCAGCAACCCGAUCCCGCGGCUGCCGGCCGGCUUCAGCCAGCUCCGCGCUCUUACCGUGCUGGGGCUCAACGACAUGUCGCUCACCAGUCUACCCAGUGAUUUUGGCAGUUUGAUCUCCCUACAGUCGCUGGAAUUGAGAGAAAAUCUACUGAAAUCUUUACCAGAGUCCUUAAAAAAUCUAACCAAGCUAGAGCGGUUAGAUUUAGGAGAUAAUGAAAUCGAAGAACUGCCUGGGUUUAUCGGAGAGCUGCCUGCGCUGGAAGAAUUGUGGUUGGACCAUAACAAAUUACAAUAUUUGCCGCCAGAAAUAGGCAACUUGAAGGCUCUUAUUUGUCUAGACGUCAGCGAAAAUAAACUAGAGAAACUUCCAGAAGCAAUCGGUGGGCUCUGUUCCCUAACAGACUUGCAUCUCUCACAAAACAUGCUAGAAACGAUACCGGACGGUACCGGAGAGUUAUCCAAGUUAGCUAUACUAAAAUUGGACCAAAAUAGAUUACAUACAUUAAAUGAAAAUGUAGGAAGAUGUACAAAUCUACAAGAACUUAUUUUAACGGAAAACUUCUUGACGGAGCUGCCUAAAUCUAUAGGGAAUCUCAAAGAAUUAACCGUACUGAAUGUAGAUAGAAAUUCCUUAGCAGAAAUACCAUUAGAAAUUGGCAACAUGUCGUUGCUGGGCGUGCUGAGCUUAAGAGAUAACAAAUUAACGAGAUUACCUAAUGAAUUAGGUAACUGUAAAUCGUUACAUGUGUUGGAUGUUAGUGGGAAUAGAUUGCAGUACUUACCGUAUGACUUAGUGAAUUUAGAGUUGAAGGCUGUGUGGCUAUCAGAGAACCAGGCGCAGCCGCUGCUCACCUUCCAGACGGACAACGACGAGGCCACGGGGGAGAAGGUCCUCACGUGCUUCCUAUUGCCGCAGCUUAGUUACACACAACAACCUGAGCUGGAUCACACAUCAGAGGUCGGCAGUGGACACUGGUUCAGGAAUCACAGAUUUAAUUCACAGUCGCAGGAACUUGACGCGGACAGAGACACAAGUAUGCGCGAGCGGGACUCCGACAGCGAAGACUGGGAAGAGAAGGAGGCUUCCCGCACGCACUCCGUCAAGUUCACGGAUGACGUCUCCGAAGCGAAAGAGACGCCGUUCGUUCGACAAAACACACCUCACCCGAAAGACCUCAAGGCGAAGGCACACAAGCUGCUCGCAGGCCGAUCGCCAGAAGUUGUUCAGUCCGAGGAAAUGCCCAAAACACAAGCACCGACCACCAACGGACUUCCUAUUUCGCCUACCGAAGCCGUGCAUAAUAUACCCAUAGAAAUUGUUGAACCGGUGCAUACAUCAGCGCCCACGGAGCCGGAUAAAGAUGAAGAAAGCGACCACAACGCGGCCGACGGCCGGGAAUCCUCGGAAGGCGAGAACGACGACUCUGACGAGCUCGAGAGAGGUACCAGGCGAGUGGCGUGGCGGGCUGGCGUGCGCGAGCGUGCCGCGCCGGCGGAGGCGGGCGGCCGGCUGCACCGCCGCGACACGCCGCACCACCUCAAGAACAAACGCGUCAACCAGAUGGACGCGGGCCGCGCCAGAGACCUCAUCGCUCAGGCCAUCAAAAAAAGAGAGCUUCAAGAGGGCCAGAAGACUGACGACGAUGAAAAUGUUGAAGAUAUGCCUGAUGGUGAAUCAGUAUCGGACCGAGCCGAGAGCGUCACUCAGUUGGUCAACGAGCAGCGGUGUAUCGAAGUGCGCAUAGCGCGCGCCGCUGGCGGGCUCGGGCUGAGCAUAGCGGGCGGCCGCGGCUCCACGCCCUACAUCGGCGACGAUGACGGCAUUUUCAUAUCCAGGGUUACUCCCAACGGACCCGCGUACUUGGCGGGCCUCAGGGUUGGUGACAAGGUGCUGUCCGUAAACGGAACACCAGUGGUGGAUGUGGACCACUAUUUUGCAGUGGAGGUGCUGAAAGCUAGCGGAGCCACAUUGGUGCUGGUCGUCACGAGGGAAUCACCAACCUCCACAAGAACUCACAGCAGGGCUCCGAGUGGGGCGAGCCAUCAUUCUGUGUCAAGCACGACCGAUACGGUGUCGACUUUGGAAAAUGGACAGAUACCGACAGGACGCGGCAUACCCACCAAGCCACUGAUAAUCGGCAAUGCGUACGCGCAGGAGUUUGAGCCGGAACAGAAACCCCCCAACAACAAUCAGCAUGUCAACUUCAGCCCCUCGCCCACCGGCCACGUCACCACAGACACCUACCACCGCCUCGAGGCGUCCCCGCCGCCGCUUACGCAGCCCUAUAUCCCUCCAGCAUAUCAACAGAAAGUCCUAGUCCACACGACCCUGAUCCGCGACGGAGCCGGACUCGGGUUCAGCAUAGCCGGCGGCAAGGGUUCUCCGCCGUACCGGGACGACAGCGACGCCAUCUACAUCUCGCGUAUCUCGCCGCAGGGCGCUGCCGCCAAGGACGGCAAGAUGAUGGUCGGGGACAAGGUUGUUUCGAUCAACGGCGUGGAAAUGGAGAACGCGCGUCACGAAGCGGCGGUGUCGCUGCUGACCGGCCACGAGCGGUUCGUGCGGCUGGUGCUGCAGCGGACCAUCACCCCGGAACAAGACGAAACGCUCCCGCGCAAGUCGACGUCAGACGAAGUGAGAGAGCACAAGACCAGCCUGCCGAAUGUGAACGCUCCGGCACAGAAACCCAAUCACAUCAGUGCACCUGUAGCAAAUCACACUCUACCGCGUGACACACACGUGCAUGUCGCACCCACACAGAUACAGGCACCAGUACAGCAGACACCGCAACAGCAUGCCCAGAAACAUACCACUUUCGCACCCAACGCAGUCCCGCCACAGCCGGCACCGAGGAGGCUAAGCCAAGCCAACGGACAGGCCACGAAAUCGUCGACUAACAGCACUAGCACGCCCUUAACCCCCGGCGCCAAUAACAUGCACGGAUCUACUGACGACGUGUUCGAUGACAUUCAGCCCUCUCGGCCGAUAACGAACGAGGAGUUCCAAGCGAUGAUACCGGCGCACUUCCUCGGCGGCCGUCGGCCGGCGGCGGAGCCCGUGGAGCGCGGCGUGCGCGUCACCGUGGAGCGGCCGGCCGCGGCCGUGCUGCUGCCGCCGCCGCCGGCCGCCGUCGGCCGCGUCACCGAGACCAUCACCAAGUCCACCUUCACCGAGACCACCGUCACCCGCAUCACCGACAACCAGCUGCUCGCGCCGCUCAUCGUCGAAGAUGUGGUUUUGGUAAAGGAAGGAGGCUCUCUUGGAUUCAGUAUCAUAGGCGGUACGGAUCAUUCCUGUGUGCCAUUCGGGGGAAAGGAACCUGGAAUAUUUAUUUCCCAUGUGGUACCCGGCGGCGUGGCGGCGCGGUCCGGCAAGCUGCGCAUGGGCGACCGCCUGCUCAAGGUGAACGGCGCCGAGCUGCCGGGCGCCACGCACCGCGACGCCGUGCAGCUGCUGCUGCAGCCCGGGCCCACGCUCACGCUCACCGUGCGCCACGACCCGCUGCCGCUCGGCUUCCAGGACCUAACGAUAGUAAAGCAAGAAGGCGAGAAACUCGGUAUGCACAUAAAGGGCGGGCUGAAUGGUCAGCGCGGCAACCCCAACGACCCCAACGACGAGGGCGUUUUCAUCUCCAAGAUCAACAGCGGCGGGGCGGCUCGGCGGGAUGGAAGGCUCAAGGUGGGCAUGCGCCUGCUGGAAGUGAACGGCGUGUCGCUGCUGGGCGCCACGCACAACGAGGCGGUGAACGCGCUGCGCUCCGCCACCAACGCGCCGCUGCACCUCGUCGUGUGCCAUGGCUACUCGCGCCCCGAGAAGUACCACACUGGUAGCGAAAGUGGAACGGCGGACACUGGCGGCUCUCUUUCUCACUCAACGUCAAGCUUAGACCGGGAUGAUUCUGUACAUCAGCACCAACAGGAGCAGCAAAUCGAAAAGGAGCUAGUUGAGUUUGAACACGAGAAACAAGUCGCAGAAAUGAAGGAAAAGUCUACACCUGAAAAGGUGCUGGAUAUAGUCCACGCCGUAGAGAGCAUGGCUCUGGAGCCGGCGCCGCCGAUUUCGCCCGAGCCGCAACACAAAACCACCACUGUCGUCAUGUCCAAACACACCCUUCAACCUCAGUCGUCUAGUUUGCAAGCGGCGCCGCCGUCACCCCUAGCGGUGUUCACACAACAGAAGCUGAAGUCGCCUACGCCUUCGGCUGCUCCCGUGCCUGAGGACGAGGGUACCGCAGUGGAUCUCCCGCCGCCGCCGCCGCCGCCAGUCGCGCACCCAGCGCCCCUGCAGCGGCCGCAGCACAACCCACCCCCGCCUCCCGUCAAACCGAAGCCUCAAGUGCCACGCAAACCGCAAAUGAAGCGAGUUAGUUUCACUGAACAGCCACACGACGAUCACGAACGACACACUAUAUAUAAUACCGAUGCGAAAAGUUUAACUCGACCCAUACUGCAUGAGGCGGAGCAUGUUUCUGGCCCGAAUAUGCCUGGAACGGUUGACACUAACGAUGCAUGCGCGGGAACACAUAGAUCUUUUCUAAAACCGAAACAGAGAGAAGUCUCUUCGCCGCUCCCAAACAUGAGUCCCGUUCUUUCCGGUGAUGUCAUCAUCCCUCCUCCGCCUUUGUUCGAUACGAAUGUAAGUGAUAGUAUCAUACUUAGCGAAAACGAGUACGAAUCGAGUCUACCGCCCAUCACCGUCGUCCCCGACAGAAUUGUUCUGCCGGAGACGCACGUGGCCGAAACAACCAUGCAGUCUACCGACUCGACCAAUUCACCAGAAUCUGAAAUCCCUCCCCCCGUCAAUUACAACGCUCACCCUGUGUUGGCAUCUCAACCCAUUUCAAUAAACCCUCCGUCCCGAGUAGCCAUAAUUUCAGAAGUGCCUUCACAACAAGUCUUCCGAACGCCAAAGUUUUCCUCCGUUAGCAGUGAUGAGUAUUACAAAGAAUUAUCUGUAAGUCCUGGUAAGGAACCCGAUCCACCCGAAUUGCUACACGUGCAAUAUAAAACGCUGCCUACAAUUUCUCACAUACCAAAUUCACCAUGCAGUUUGCACCCUGACGAAACUUAUUCAGAUGACGUACCUACCCAUAUACCGACACAUUAUUCGCUCAGAGAUUUGCGGGCUAGAAGUCUCUCACCAAAAAUGGUACAUUCGUCAACCUACCCACCUAUUAAUCCGUACCCAUCUUUGACGACGGUGGCGGGCACUUACAAUCCCUAUACUUGCACUCAUCAAAUGUGCUUUUCCAACCCAAAUAGGCUCUCUAGCCUCGAGCCACAAGUCUCGCCGUCAUUUAUUAGUAAUUUAGGAAACGACAUAAAUGCGAACGUUACUCAACCAGUUCCCAUCAUUUUACACGAAGUGCCUAAAAGUGUUCAGUCGGAGAGAAGAGUCCGUUUCGGCGAAGUGACGACUGCUCCUGAGCCCGACACGUUGUCGAACAGUUCGGAAAACUUGAGGGCAGGGAGCUCCUCGCCCGGCCCUGACCCGAAACCCGCAUGGAGCAGCAAAAUCAAAGCCUUCGCCAUCGGCGAGGCUUCCCCUCCUCAUUCUGGUAAUUUUGUGAAAGCUUCUGUCAGUGACAAGAAGAAGUUCUUUGAGAGCGCGAUGGAAGAAAGUCACAAAGCAUCACCUAAACCAGAGAAAGUUUUCACGUUUCUAUCGGCGGAUGAGGUGGAGAAAUUGAAGCAAGAAGAGGAAAGGAAGAUGGCGUCGCUGUCGCGAGCUGAACUCCGCUCGUGGUCCCCCGGGGAGGACCGGCACAGCGGAUACAGCUCGCACUCGGACGACGAGCCCUGUGAGAACGGACACAGUGUAUCGACGGGCGGCGUGAGUCCGUCGGCGAAGUCGCGCAGACGCGCGGGCGGCGCGGACGGCGAGGACGCCGCCGCACGCGCGGCUAAACGCGCCGCGUGGCGAGCAGCCAGGCUACGCUCACUGGAGCAGGAAGCGAUUGAAUCACAAAAAGUAAUAAAAAGCAUGGUCGGUCCUGCCUCCGAAAUCAUUGGAGAGGUUCCUUCGAGAGAAAAGUCUCCGUCCGAGAAAUGGCCCCUGCCACGUAUCGCGUUACGUACAAAACCGGGGCAGAUACUUGCCGUGAAGGAGAAGGAAAAACUGUUAGACGAGCGCAUUACCUUCCGCUCGGAGGAAUACGUGUGCCCGGCGACCGGCGAGACUAAAGUGCGAACCGUCGAGUACAUUGAGAAAGUCAUUGAGAAAGAGGUGGAGACGACACAGGAGAAGAUAAUAUCGUUGGAAUUGACUAGUCCCAGCAGCGAGACGGCGCCAAGCGACGUGGGAGCGGACAUGAACCUGGGCGACGGCGACGGGUCGCUGCAGCCCGACAUCGUGCAGGUCGUCAACCCGCUGCUCGACGGAGGCGCCGGCCGCGUCACCGCCAUCCCCGUCGGGCCCGCGCACCGACUCACCUACACCGAGACCGACCAGUAGACCCCCCCCCCCCCCCCCUAUCACAUAUC